AUGAAGAGCCAGGGUGGAGGGAAGAUAUCGAGGAAGAGCUCCACAGGUUCGAGCAGUAGUCGAUUAGAUGGGAAUCCCAAAUUGGAUUCUUUUCAUAAUAAGGAUGGGUUAUCUUUAAAAACUUAUGCAUGGACGGUUAAAAAUCCAGUAGGUGUUAUAAUAGCAUGUCAUGGUAUGAAUUCUCAUGUACGUUUAGAAUAUUUAAGACAUAAUGUCGAGGUAGUAAAUAAUAAUAAGGCAAUAUUAAAAGAUGGUGAUAAUUAUUAUAUAUAUAAAAAUAGUUGGAUUGAGGAGUUUAAUAAAAAUGGAUAUUCAUUUUAUGGAAUAGAUUUACAAAGUCAUGGACAGUCAGAAGGAUGGAAAGGUUUAAGAACCCAUAUAAGACAAUUUGAUGAUAUAGUAUAUGAUUUUAUACAAUAUAUUAAUAGAAUACAUGAUAUGUUAUGUUUAAAAAAUAAAAAAGAUAAUAAUUCAUCCCUUCAUGAUAAUAUAAAUAAUAAUAAUAAUAUAUUACCAUUUUAUAUUAUGGGAUUAUCUAUGGGGGGUAAUGUUGUUUUAAGAACUUUACAAAUAUUAGGAAAAUCAAAAGAUAAUAAUAAUAAAUUAAAUAUAAGAGGAUGUAUACCAUUAGCUGGUAUGAUAUCUAUAGAUGAGUUAGCAACGAAACCAUCAUAUAAAUAUUUCUAUAUUCCAUUAGCUAAAUUCUUAGGAAGCUUUUUUCCAAGUUUACGUCUUACUCCUGGUUUACGUUUUAAUAUGUUUCCACAUAUGAAUGAUAUUAUGGAAUUUGAUAAAUUCAAAUUUAAAAAACAUGUAACAUGUAGAUUAGGUUAUGAGUUAUUAAAUGCUAUAAAUAACCUAAAUAAUGAUAUGGAUUACAUUCCUGAAAAUACACCUAUACUUUUUGCUCACUCAAAAAAAGAUAGUGUAUGCUUUUAUGGAGGUACAUUAAAAUUUUACAACAAACUUAAGUGUCUUAAAAAAGAAUUAUAUACCUUAGAUGACAUGGACCACCUUCUACCUAUGGAACCUGGAAAUGAAAGAGUUCUAAAAAAAAUUAUCACAUGGCUAGCUGUCCAUACCCCCAAACAAGAAGAACAAGUAUAA